UUAAUAUAUUGAUGAAAAGAAGUGGGGUGGCAAAAAAGAUGGAGGUAGGGGGGCCGUAUAUGGAGAUUUGGAGAGGCUCACAAUUGAUGCCAGAGUAGCAAAAUAUGGUAGGAGGGCUGUAAAUCUUGUGUGUGUAUGUAUAUGUGUGUGUGUGUGUGGUGUGUGACCUAACACAGCACAAAUCCAGAGAAAGAUAAAGGAAAAGAGUGGGAGUCCAGAUUUGUACUUGUAAUCACCCUAAAGCAGGCAAAAAUUUGGAUCUUUCUCCUUGCUGCACUGUGUCUGCUACACAUUAAAUUCACCAAAUCCCCUUUCAAAGCAUUUAUAUCCCUCUGUUCUACCAUUUAUUCCUCCCAAUCCUAACCAAACAUUCAUCUUUCCAUUAUUUCUGCUACACCAAACAAGCCCUUGGUUCUUGGUUGAGAAGGCUAAAGCAUGGAGGUGGAUCAGCUGCAGAGGACUUUUCAUGAUUACCAUGCUUCUUUAUUUAAUGAGGGAUUCUUGGAUGAACAGUUCGUUCAGCUACAGCAACUUCAAGAUGAGAGCAACCCUGGGUUUGUGGUUGAAGUGGUGUCCCUCUUCUUUGAGGAUUCUGAAAGACUUCUCAAUGAUCUCAGCAAAGCUCUGGAUCAGGAGAAUGUGGACUUCAGAAAGAUUGAUGCUCAUGUUCACCAACUGAAAGGUAGCAGCUCCAGCAUUGGGGCUCAGAGAGUCAGAAAUGCCUGCAUUGCUUUCCGCAACUUCUGCGACGAGCGAAACAUCGAAGCGUGCCUUAAAUGCUUGCAACAAGUAAGGCAAGAGUACUUGCUAGUGAAGACCAAGCUCGAGACAUUGUUACGGUUGGAGCAGCAGAUUGUGGCCGCUGGUGGGGCGAGUCCCAUGUGAACGUCUUCUCCUGAAGCAAUGGUGUUCUCGACUAUGAUGAUGGUGCUGUUUUGGAGAAACUUUUAGUGAGUUUCUUUAUAGUUAUCACUUUGCUAAGAUUAAGGUACUGUGAAGUUUGUAUGAAACUUCAUUGAAAAAAGCAGUAAUGCUUCUAUUUCUGAAUAUGGAGACUCCUGUGUUAAUAAUGCAUUUCUGAUUAUCAUGUUAUCUAAUACAGUUAGCUUUGUCUGUC